AUGAAUAUGGUUAGGAUACGGCAGAUUAUUGCGCUUCGAAAAGCGCUUAAAGCUGGUCCAUUGCUACCGCCUAUUUCGAAGAGCCGUGAAAAUCCUUCUUCUUGUGAUGGAUUAAGUAGCAACAAAGCGUCUGCAAAAGAUAUUCUCGAAAUCAACUUACGUAUUAGUGAAUUGAAGACUGAUUUAUUUGCGUUUGAUGAUAUAAUUUGUUUAAUAUCUGUGAAUGAAAAUAGUUUCGAGAGUUCUUGGAAAAUUGUAACAACGACAGAAAUUAUCCCAAAAACAGAUGCAAUUUCAAUUUUAAAUGUAUUCUCAGUUGAAUACACAUUCAAACGGGAUCAGCAUUUGAAAAUUGAAAUCUGUGACUGCAGUGAAGAAGAGGUAAGAAUUGUUGGAAUGAUGACUUUUUUUGUCACAGAAAUUGUCACCACUACACCAAAUCUUUCAAAACCUUUGAUCGAAAUAAAAAGCGGUAAAUCCAUCGCUAUGAUGACAAUAUCAUAUACUGCUCAGCCGAAAGAGCAAACAAUACUUUUGCAAUUUUGUGGUAAAAAUUUUCCAAGGAAAGGAUUUGAAAAUACUCAGAUUUAUUUUCAAAUGUUUCGAAUGGAAGAAAAUGAAACACGUAAUUUAUUAUACACAAGUGACUCACAAUUAUAUUCAUCAAAGAUCCUCUGGAAGCCAUUUAAAUUACCGAAAAAUACAGUUACAGAUUCCAAAAAAAGGAAUUUCGAAGUGGUCUGCUACUCACGGGAUGAUCACACAAAAUGUUCAAUCAUAGGACAAUUCAUAACAACUUCCGAUGUGCUUUUCAAAAAUGCCGAAGAACGGAAGAUUUUAUACUUACGCGUUGGAAUGGAAAAUAAUAAAAAAGCAAAUGGUAUAAUUGAAGUGGUUAAAUGCAACGAAAUCACUAUCUAUUCCUUUCUCGAUUACAUCAUAAAUGGGUACUGUUUAUCUCUUGCUAUAGCGGUGGAUUUCUCGAUAUCAGAUUCAAACGAUACAAAUGCUACUUUUGCAAAUGAUGUAGAAUGUGUCAUUCGCUCAAUUUGUGAACCAUUUCGACGCCAUAAUUUCUCACAAAACUAUGCAGCUUUUGGUUUCGGAGCACGAAUUCCACCAUAUUUUCGGAAGUCACAACAAUUUUGCCUUAAUUUGGAAAUGGAUCCUAAUUGUCAGGGAAUUGAUGGUUUAAUUGAUGCAUUCUGGAAAGCGAAUGCUCAAGUGCAACCUAGUACAACUGCCCAUUUUGCUCAUAUCAUUUAUCACCUCUCAAAGUUGGCUAGCAAUGUACGUAGGCGUGAAAACCAGUUACAGUGUCCAUAUUUUGUGCUAGCAAUAAUCAGCAAGGGAAAGAUAAAUGAUAUACGAGAAACAGUACAGGCGACAAUAUUUGCAUCAAAAGCUCCGCUUUCAAUUAUAUUUAUUGCAACUGAGGGUGACUGCUCAGAAAUGGAGCGCCUUGGCCUUUCAGCUGGUCGGAUUUCCUACCAAAAUCGCCGAGCUCAACGUGAUAUGUUACAGUUUGUAGCAUUAACAAAAUUUCGCAACAAAUUACCGGAAGAUAAUAAUUUUUGGGAAUUGCUUACUGAACGAGCAUUACGACGAGUUCCAUGGCAAAUGAUCAAUUGGAUGAUGAAAAAUGGCCAUAUUCCUCAAGAUAUGAAACAUUACGAUUGUUUGCUGAAUCAGAGCACUGGAACUUCUGAACUUGAAUUAGACCAUCGGCAAGAAAGGAUAAAUGCAUUCAGUGAUCCCUCAACUGAGGAUUUUGAUGAAAGGGAACACGCAAGUACAUCUAAAGAAUAUUACAGCCAUGCAGAGACUGAGGAUUUCUCAACGACUUCACCAACGCCCUCACUCACCUCUUAA